AUGAAGACCAUCUGUUGCAUUCUAUUAUUGUUUGUUCUAUCAGUGAAAGCUGCAAAUUUGGGCCAAUCAAUGGUUACUCAUAGUCGCUUUCUUCCAUCAACACUGGAUUGCAACUUUACAGAUUCAUCUAUGUGUAAAUGGUCUAACGACCAAAAUAAUUGGCCUAUUAACUGGGAACUAGACAUGGAGAGCGAUUUGUCGCCAGCUAUUCAUGAAGAAAAUUCAGGAUCUGUUUGUUUAUAUUCGACUGAAUUAUCGCAACAAAUGGAUAUAAGCUCUAGACUUUUUAGUCCUUUAAUGAGUGCUGCUUCAAAUGUCUUUUGUUUAAAAUUAGUCUAUAAAAUCACAAUGUCUAGGCAUCCGUUAUCGACUUCAGCGGAUCAAAUAUCAGACACCUCACCCAAAUUGGCAUUAUUACGUCGUCAAAUGGGGGUUAUUCAUCUUAUUAUUAUUUACUCUACAAUUGUUUUUAGAAAAAGCUUUAUUCAGUCACAAUCUAUUUUCUCUAUUCAGCCACAAAGUGAAUCAUUGGAUGAUACAUCUGAUUUGAGCAUGGAUUUGAAUUGUGAAUUUCGUGAAUCUACAUGCAAUUGGUCUAAUGACCAAAAUAAUUGGCCAGCUAAUUGGAAACUGAUUAAGAUUGAAUUGGAAGAUUCCUCAAAAAAUGAUCUAGUUGUAACUGAGAAGAAAACUUCUAUUUGUCUAACCAUCGGAAAACUGUCUGCUCCGCAUCAUCAAUACAACUACGACAUAACAGCUCGUCUUUUCAGUCCAAUCGUCUCAGUUAUGAAACAGCCGAGUUGUGUAAAGUUUACAUAUAAUAUUCAACUGAAUUCAGUAUCGUCAAGGGAUGUAUAUGGAUUUUCUGCGUUUGAUUUAGAAGAUCAAGAAAAUAGUGAUCUCAACGAGCGACAGAAUCAUUACCUAGACUGUGAUUUCGACGACUUGAAAUCUGAAUUUUGCAAUUGGCUUGGAGAUCCUAGAAAUGACAAAGCUCUGUGGAAAAAUAGUCGUCUGCCUGGCGAUUCAAAUAAUCGAGUUAUUUGUCUACAACCAAAACCUUCGCACACUGGUUUUCGAAAAAUUUCAAAUAUUCACCAACAGAAUACCCUUACAGCACGUUUAUGGAGUGAGACAGUAGAAUAUGUCAGCGCACCCGAUGGUGAUAAUAACUUUGGUUAUUCUCUUAGUAGCCCUCAAAAGAAUUUCCGUUGUCUUCAAUUUCAGUACAAGCUUCAACUGCGCGAUACAGAUAUGACUGCGACUGCUAACCAUCAAUUAGAUGAUACAGCUAUCAGUUUAAGUCUUCUAAAACAUUCGACAGGAUCGUGUCACUCCGAUAUUGGUGUUAACACAGGAAUAGUUGGUGUUGUAUGUGCCAAUGAUCAUUUGUGGAAUAGUAGUAUUACUAAUACUAAUAGUAGAAUACCAAGUAUAAGAGAAAUAUCCAAAUGGAAAACAGUGAAAGUGGAACUGUCAGGUCAAUCUGAUUAUAAACUAAUCUUGGAAGGUACAAUUCCUGCUGGAUAUCCGGAUGCUAGAAUUUGUGUUGACAAUAUUACUUCUUAUACUGAACCAUGUAGUGCUUUGGAGAAAGCUUCUGCACCAUUAACAAAUCAAUGGAGUUGGGCACAAUACUUUGGACUGACAUUUGUCGGUGCCUUGAUCUUAGGCUUAUUAAUACCAGUGCUGUUUCUAAUCAUUCUUAUUUGGGCAUGUCGUCGACGUCAUCAUGCUAUGCAUUCAAAUUAUACAAAUAAUAAAUUAUUUUCAACAAAUCUUUGGUAUUAUAUUGGUGGAAAAGAGAUAUGCGACGAUCCGAAUGGAUUUCGUGGUAGUUCAAGUCUGUUGAGAUCAAAACAAUUCAAUUCACCAUCGAAUACAGGUACGCUGUUGAAUGGUGUCAGUGGUCAACAUCAUAUGAUGAUGAGUAAUGCUGAUGUAAUGGAUUUACCGGAUGUUGUAAUCCCAGGUGGACGUGUUGUAGCAUUCAAUUAUUCAGGUAAUACACUAGGCGGGAAUACUUUACGUCAUAAUAGCAUGGCUAAUAAUAAUAAUACUGGAUUUACAAAUACUGGUUACCUAUCAAAUAAUAAUAAUAACACUAGUAAUUUACAAAAUGGUCAAGUUAUGCUAGGAAAUAUUAAUGGAACAGUGUCAUCAAGUGGUUCAGGAGUUGUUAAUGCUACAACUGUUGCACGUAGUUGUCAAAAUUCAAUGCCACUGGUGUCAACCGAACUGAUUCAACAACAAUCACAGAAUCCAACACAACAACAACCUAACGAACCAUUCGCUUAUCCAACUAAUCAAGCUUUUGGGGAACCUGUUUCUAUGACAAUGUUGACAGCUAGUCAAUCACCAAUGUUGAUGACUCAAUCAAUGGCUCCAAAUUAUGGUUCUGAUGCAAAUAAUGCCUCUCAAGGAAUUUUUUCCAAUACUAAUGCACCACAAAUGAAUCAUUUCAAUACAAAUGCUCACGUCUACAAUAAGCCACAAGGUCAACAGCAACAACAACAAAAUCAACAACAACCACGUGCACAAUCUCAAUACUUUCCUCCAGCCCAGUUGACUCAAGCACCGAAUGCCAUUCAACAACAACCUCAACUCCAACCCCAACAACAACAACAGCAACAUCAAGGCCCACAAGUAUUUCAACAACCUGCCCAACCACAACAAACACCACAAAUAUUUCAACAACCAACUCAACAACAACAACAACAGCAGCAAAUAUCUGGAUUUCAAAAUCAAAAUCUUGUCCAACAAUCACAACCGCAACAGCAACAACAACAGUUAGCACCUAAUCAGGCACCGGUUUCAAAUCAAUUUCACACCCAACAACAGCAACAAUUUCCACUACCGCCUCCACCAACCUCUCAACAGUUACAACAAUUGAACACGCAACAAUCUACGGUGUAUUCACAACCACAACCGCAACCACAACAACCAGUCAACCAUCCAUUUCAGUUUCAACCACAACAAAAUCAACCGCAACACCAACAACAAGUGAUCAAUGGUCAACUGCAAACUCCUAUGACUACUGGAGCCACACAAAUACCAUCGUCUCAACAAAAUUAUCAACCUACAGUACAAAGAGUAAUGCCAGUCUCAGCUAAUAAUCGUUUUGUCACUAUGUCUCCAACGUCUGUGGGUAGUGAUUCACUCACAGAAGCUGAUCAACAAGCUGCUAUGGCUUUAUUGGCUGCUGCCACUGAAGGCAUGAUGGACACGUAUAAUCGCAGAGAGAAUCAAACAACACCGAGCACUUUUCAGUCACCAAUUUCAAAUAACAACAAUAAUAAUAACGGAACAGAGAAUUGUUUAAAUAGCGUAAACAAUCUGAACAAUUGCAAUAGCAAUAAUAAUACACAAGUAUCGACUGAUGAAGAUCAUCCACCUCCAGGAUAUGAUGAAGCUAUCGGUUUAAUACAAAAUAAUAUAAACAUGUCAAUGAUGAUGAAUACAAUGGCGAAACCAGCUGUACCAAUACCGAAUACCACGUGUACUCCACCGCCUGCAUUACCACCGCGUAGAAUUAUCAAUGGAGUUGGUUUAGAGGAUAUUGAAGAUCCACAGCCUAUGGCAUGCUUGUCGCUGGCUGAACGUUAUGGUCUACCAGUGGCUGAAAUUUAA